GAAAUUUUAAAUAGUUAACGAGCAGUUAAACGACGACACCACUUUACAUUAGAAUAGUCAUUUAAAUACAGCUUGUAUCAGAAAAGAACCGAGCCUUUUAAUCAGGAAACAGAAAGGCAGACACCAGAGCGUAUUCACUAAUAAACCGUUUUCGGAUUCGACCCUGAGGUUCUUGAUCAUCGCUGUUAUUUACCUGGAAUCAUGUCAGAUUUGAACCGCCAGUUAGAAACCCUUUAUGAUGGAAAGCUCAUUACUGAAGAGGAAGUGGCCCAGCUGUGUGAACGCUGCAAGGACCUUAUGCUAGAGGAAGGCAAUGUCGAGACUAUUUACGCUCCGGUAACCCUUUGCGGGGACAUCCAUGGACAAUUUUUUGAUCUUUUAGAGCUCUUCGGCAAGGGUGGUCGUGUGCCGGAGACUAGUUAUGUGUUUUUGGGUGACUAUGUUGAUCGUGGUUACCACAGCAUAGAAACAUUGUUGUUGUUAUUAUUGUUGAAAGCUCGAUACCCUGACCGAAUUACUCUCCUGCGAGGUAACCAUGAGUCUCGUCAGAUUACGCAAGUCUACGGCUUUUACGAUGAGUGCUACCGCAAAUAUGGCAGCGCAAACGUAUGGCGCCUGUGUACAGAACUUUUCGACUACAUGCCACUCGCAACGGUAAUUGAACAAGACAUUUUCUGUGUUCACGGUGGUCUCAGUCCGGUCAUCCAAACCAUCGAUGAGGUGUAUGUUCUAGACAGGAAGCAGGAGGUACCCCAUGACGGCCCUAUGAGCGACUUGCUGUGGUCAGAUCCUGAGGAUAUUGAUACAUGGGGUGUGAGCCCCCGUGGCGCAGGCUAUAUUUUUGGUGCCGAUGUUGUCAGGCAGUUUAAUAGUAGAAACGGCCUUAGUCUUAUCGCACGUGCCCACCAACUUGUUUUAGAAGGCUAUAAAACAAUGUUUGAUAACAGCUGUUGCACUGUGUGGUCUGCACCGAACUAUUGCUAUCGAUGCGGUAAUGUCGCCUCAAUACUGGAAAUAGGUACAAACUCAAAGACAGAAAGAAAUGUUGUAUACUUUGGUGCGGCGCCAGCCGAUGUUAGGGGUCAUCUUGCUAAACAUCCACCACCAGAAUACUUUCUGUAA